AAGGAGGGAGGAGAGCGAGCCCCGCGGCCAGGGCGUCCCGUCACGGUGACCUGUUCGCUCGUCCGGACGCAGGCGGCAGACGAUCCCGACCGGGUUUCUCCGGCCUGACCCCCACCCCUUCCCUGCAGUCCGUCCGGGCAGUCAGAACCUGCGCGGUAGCCCCUCAUCCCACAGGCAGAAGCAUUGAGUUGUGGGUUUUAAAGCAAUGUCAGCUUCACUUUUCAUGUUUUUUUUUUUUUUUCCUUUUUUGAUCUUCGAUUUGUUGUGGGAAACCCCGUGAGGAAAGGCCUGCCUGUUCGCCGGCUGAGCAUGGAGCGGCUCUGGGAAGAUAUGGAGCCAGGGCGAGAAGGUUCUGACUUCUGCGUCAGGGAGCCACAGGACCUUGGCACAGGAGAAGGAGGAAGAGGAGCCAUCUUUGCAGCCUCCCAGGAGAUGCAGAGCCUCAGGCCUGAGCAGAUGCGGGGGCUGCUGGAGCCCGAGAGGUCGAAGAUGCUGCUACCUCGAGAGAGCUGGGCCUGGGAGAAGCUGUCACAAGUCACCAAGGACUGGGCGGCCGUGGAGGUCGGGGCCUCCAGCUGUGAUGGUGAAGAGAAAGACCUGUCUUCUCCAGAGUCUGGGUUUGCCCAGGAGUGGAGCUCAGUGGAGGAGGAAGAUGAGGAGUCAGAGGAUGCCCAGCUGCCCAUCUCCUCCCUGUACACCACCAGCCUGUCUGUCUCCGCUGUGCCUGUGUCCAUCCAUUGGCCCAGCCCACCAGUUCUUCUAUCUUCUGUCUUUUGACCGUGGUAAGGAUGUGGCUACUUUUCGCCCUCCCUUAUGUCUGCUCUCUCCUCUAUCACUGUCUGCCUGUCCAUCCACCCGUCCGUCUAUACACCUGCCUGCUGCUUCACCCCUGCGUACACCAUCCCUUCCUCCAUCCGUCCGACCCAUGUACCCACCCACCCAUCCGUCACUAAUCGUCGAGCAGGUCUUACCCAGAUACUGUCAGCGAAGGAGGCAGAGUUAUCGAUCACAUACAUUUCACUCAAAGACAUAAUUUCUGAAGCACGAGGCAUUGGUAUAAGAGAAAACAGCAGUGGUUAUUUUAUUUAUCCAUUUAUCUGGAGUGUCAGGAAAUCACGUAACUACUUUCGGCCACACAGGAGGGCUCUGUCCCUGUCCCGAUCGGAUGUGGGUCGGCUCAGCCCAGAGAACGAACGGGCUCCCUGCUCCAUGGGGAGGGAAAAGGGGCGAAGUGGACACCAGGAACCACAGAGCAGAGACCGUGCUGGCCCAGCGGGAGGGCUCGAGGGGCGAACUCGUGUUCAGCAGGCAGCUUUUGUCCUGAGUACCCAGUGAGGAGGAGACGCCAGGCCCGGGGUUUCAGGACCCGGGAUGCCUUGCCUUCCGCCCUCCGGGCCGCGGGAAGAGCGGGUGCCCAGGCGAGGAGCGUGGUGCAGCCAGACACAUGGGGGAGCUCAGAGAAAGGACAGAGCUGAGGGAGCUGCCGAUAAACCCUGGCCGGGUGAGUCUUUCCUUCCCUGCACAACUACUCUGGGAGCACCAGCGGUGCGUGCAGAGGUGCAGUGGUGGACGGGACAGGACGGUUCUGUCUCCGGCAGGGUCUGGCUGAGCAGGCCGACGGUGUAAGGCGGGA